CACAACAAAAACAUUUCUGAUUUAUUAUCCGUCUGCGAUAUAUAACUAAACCCCUAUAAUAGACGAUUAUUUUAACAGGACGCUUAUAACACUGCCUCUAAAUAAAAGGAGGAUUUAAAGAUAUACAUGUGAAUGGAGAAAUUUUUUCAAGAUUUAGUCCCUUGAGAGCAUCGAGGACAUGGCAGCCAUUAAAAGUCAAAGCCCUGUUAUGGAGGAAAAUGGUAUUGACAAUGCURCUCUAGAUGAAGGGAGUAAUGCUCCAGAAGUUAAAUCUUCUUCUGCCAAAACCCCAGGAAAGCUUGAUAGCUUACCUAAAGAUGAACUCAUCAAAUUUGUCAAGAAACAAAUGAUUUUGCUGAAACAAACAAGAACAAAAUGCCAAGAACUAAGUUCAAAACUUGAAGAGGAAAAGGAAGAAGUAAGAAGAUUAAAAGAAGAAGAGUCAUCAUGGUUGGAAAGAGGAAUACAUGCAGAGUUUGAAAAGAAGGAUGAGAUUUUAAGAAAAAAUGAUGAGCUACAAAUGGCUGCAGAGCUUGGUAAGAAGAUGCUCCAAAAGAAUGAUGAAUUGAAGAUAAAGUAUGCACAACUGGAAGAAGAGCAUGAGAAUGUUGUCAAAGAACUUGAAACUGAAAUAGACAGACUAACUUCAGAAAGAAACAGUCUCAAGUCAAAUUUAAAAACACUCAAUGAAAAGUUCCAGAAAACUUCACAGCAAGCAAAGGAGUACAAAACUGGACUGGAAAGACAAACAGCUGAGGGAGAUAAAACAAUGGAACAAAUGCAGAAAGACAAUAAAAUGCUGCUGAUAAAAAUACAGCAAUUACAGGUGCAGCGAGAACAAAGUCAGUCAAAUUUUGAGAAAAAUGAGAAAGAAAGAACACAAUUACAACAGACAUGUAAUGAUCUUCAAAGCAAGAAUGAAGCAAUGAAAGCCGAACUAAAGAAACUAAAGGAAAAGAGACGUACUCCAACAGAGAAGACUUUAGCAGACCUUAGACARCAAAACCAGAAACUACAAGAAACACUUACAAAGACAACCCAAGAACACAGUGAUUUGACUGAAGCCUUGARAAUAGCUAAGAAACAAAUGAAAAUCCAUGAUCAACAAAACAAGGAACUUAAAGSAGAGAUAGCAAAAAUAGCAUCAGAAAUGGAAGCUAGGGCUGUUCAUUCAGAGAAAGAAUGCCAAACUGAUGAACCUGAAGGAAAACUAGUCAGUCAGGAAAUAGAAAAGGAGCUUCAGACUCUGAUUGCUGAAAGAGAUGAGUUACAGUCUCGAUUGAAGAGAAUGGAAGAAACAUUUUCAUUACACCUUGCAUCAGGAGAUGUGGAUGAAGCUAAAGYGCAACUUGUUGAGGACCACCAAAGACUGAAAGACAAUUAUGAGAAAUUGGCAAGUGAGUUGGUUAUUUUCCAAAAUGAGAACGAGCAUCUUAGAAAUACCGUGGAGAACUUGCACUAUGAAUUUGAAGGAAAAAAUGAAAACAAGAAGGAGGUCGAGAUGGAGUUCGAAGCUGUGCUAAAGGAACGUGACGAAAAUAAAUUUUAUGUUAAGGAACUUUGCGAUGAGUUGGACAAAGUAAAGAACGAGAAGGAAAAAGUUACGAAGGCUUUGAAAACUCUCAAAAUUAAUCAUGAGAAACUGAAGACGAAGUUAAAGGGUUUUAGCUCAUCACAAGAGGAUCUAAGUCGCCUUUCUACCAAGGAAAUAAGAAAACGUCUAGCCUUGUUGAAGGUAGAAAAAGAAGAGAUAGAGGCUGGUUUAAGUGAGGCAAAGAAAGACCUUAGAGAAAUGGAGGAUAAAAAUAAGGAAUUACUGUCUGAGUUUGAAAGAGUGUACCUUGAAAAUGAAAGUUCCCAAGAGAAAUUGAGUGAGCUAAAAGAACUAUACAAGAACUCAGAUGAAAAUAUCGAGGGCCUGAGAAAACAAAAUGAAACUAUCCUCUUCGAAAAGGAUGAGUUGAAUCUCUCGUUGAAGUCGCUUCAAGAAGAGCAUAACAGCAUUCUACAGGAAAACAAGGAAUUGAAAGCAAAUUUAGAGAAGAUGUUGACAGAGAGUGAAAGCACAAAGGCGGAUUCUUCUGUAUCUGAAGAGAAACAGGAAACAGAAAAUAGAUUUAGAAAACUUGUUGAAGCAAGACAGGACCUCGAAAAGCAAAUCGAAGAGAAGAAUCAACAGAUGAACUGCUUUACAAAUGAAAAAACUAUUUUACAGGAAGAGUUAUCAACCUUGAAGCAAAAAGUUGAAGAUGUGAAUGAAAAGAACCGUCUCUUGGAAGAACAGAAAGCUGAAUUACAAAGACGGAUAAAUAAUUGUAAUGAUGAAAGGAUUUCUCGCCAAGGAAAUCUCUCAGCCUUGAAUGAAACGGUGGAGAACUACGAGAAGGAACGAGAGAGCAAUACCAGUGAAGUAGACAGACUAACUGAACAAAAAACUGAAUUACUCGCCAUGAUUUCUUCACUUGAAAACGAAAAUCAGUUCCUUCGAUCCCAAAACGAUGAAUUAAAAAUAAAUGACAAUGGACAGAAGAUGAUUCAGCAAGAAAAAGAAGAGGUGCAAAAGAGUUGUGAAGAAAAUAUGGCUGUUGAUAACGACGUGGUCGAGGCAUCCAAAGAAGAUAUUAAAACGUUAGAAGAGGAGAGGAAGGAAUUAACUCUAGCUUUAGUCGAUGCCACAGAUAAAGUGUAUAAUUUGGAGAAAGAAGUGGUUUCUUUGCAAGAAAGACUUCAGAUGACAGAGAAUCUAAAAGAGGAACUCAGUAACCAGCUCAAGAUAUCUGCCAAUGAAGACAGUAAUUUGACAGGAAUGAUAAAAGGUCUAGAAAAUAAGUUACAAGCUGCUGAAAACACAGUUCAGGAACAAAGUAAUAAGCUGAAAGAAAAUGUUGAAGAGCAAGAAAGGUUGGGAAAAAAAGUCACGGAAUUGAAAGCAAAAUUGCAGGAGAAAGACAAAAUCAACAAGAAGUUACAAGAAGAAAAUGAAAAAAUUCGUAACGAGAAGGGGAAAAUGGAAGACCGUUACAACGACUUGGAAAGAAAGAACAAUUCCCUCAACCAGAAAAUUGAGGACGAUAAAGCGAUUGUUCAGGAUUUGGAGAACAAGUUGGAAAUCUUGUCGAAAAAACUUGUAUCAGCGAACGAAGAAAAAACUAACCACGAAGCAGAAAUCGAAGACAUCUUCAAAGCUCACGACGAACUUGAAAACAAGUACAACGAAGAACUUCGCGAAAAAAAGGAAUUGUUGGCUUACGCUGAUAGGCUUCAGGAAGAACAAGAGGACUUGCAAGCCCAGUACAGUUCUUUGUCCAAAGAACACAAAGACAUUUUAGAUCGUCUUUCUGAUAUCCAGUCUUGUCAACUGAGGGACGAGUCCCAUCAGUAUCAGCAGCUCACAGAUCUACAUCAGAUAAACUCAUCAUUGCAGGAGGAAUUUUCACAACUGAAAGAAAAAUGUGACUCCCUGAAUACCUCUUUCGAAGACAAGGAUCACGAACUGCAUGAAUUGAAAAUUCUUUUAGAGAACAAAGACGUGGAAAUUGAAAAACUGACCAGUAUUCUUGAGGAAUUAAAAGCAAACCUGCAGGAAGAGGAAGAGGAAACGGUAAAGUCGAAGAGUGAGUUAGAAAAACUUAAAGAAAACUUACAAGAAAAGGAAAAGUCUGAGGUGCAGGAUCGUGAACUAGAGGAGACCAAAGCAAAUUUGCAAGAAAAAGAAGAAGAAAUAGAAGACCUCUUAGGUAAAUUAGAACGUGUUGAAGAUGCUCUUCGAGAAGAAGAAGACACGGUAAAGAAAGUGAACGCUGAAAUCGAACAUUUGAAAUCAUUGUUAUCCAGCAAGCAACAAGAAGUGGAUACACUUCAUAAAUAUGUCCAGGAUUUGGAGAAUACAAUUGAAAUUUUAAAACAAGAGAAAGAACAAUUGGGGGAGAUAAUACAGUCUCAGAAUAAGAAGUUAGAAGAACAGAGGUCAGAAAUUUCGAAACUGAACAGCYUUUGCGAAGAACGUGUUAUUGGUGUUGCAAGUUUGGAAGAAAGUAACCAGGCGUUGUCUUCCUCGGUACAUGAGAAAGAAGAGGAACUAAGAAGAGCCAAAGGAGAAKCAGAAGAGUUGGAAAAACGUUUGAAAACAUCAGAGGAAGCGUUGAAAACUCUUGAAACUUUGUACGCGGAAAAGGAGGGAGACCGUAGCAAGACGAUUGAAAUUCAAGAGUCAAUAGAAAAGGAAAUUGAAAGUUUAAAAAGUGAAUUGAAUGGUGUUAAGGAAUCAUUGGACAACAAGGACAACGAGUUGAAAUCUUGUAACGAAAAACUUUGCAAAAGUGAACAAGAUAUUCAAAAUUUUGAGUUAGUUGUUCAGAGCUUGAAURAAAAAAUAGAAUUGAAAACACAAGACAUUUUCGACUUGAAUGAUUUGAAGAAGAAACUAGAAAAGGAGUUGGAAAAACUAAAGUUACAAGUAAACGACGCAAAUAAACAAUUACAAAAUUCACUUGACUUGGAUGUUAAAUUACAGGAAUACUUUAAUAUAAAUCAAAAGUUGGAUCUUGAAGUGAAAUCUUUGAGGGAAGAGCUCGAAAACAAGGAUACAGAAUUUUUAGAAGUACAAGAAAGACUGAAAACAAAUGAAUACACGACUAAGGAGUUGGAAAAGAGGGUURGAGAAAGUUCUGUAGAGAUUUGUGAUUACAAGCAAAGAAUCGAGAGUCAGAAUCAAGAAAUUCAAGAUCUUCAACAGAAAUUAAGGGAAACGAGUGCAACACUUGAGCAGAAGGAGCAAUACUCUUUAGAGCAAGAAAAGUUGGUUUCAAGUUUGUCAUCUACRAAAGAAACCUCCAAGUUGAAGGAAAAACAAAUUCUUGACUURCAAGCAGAAUCCCAAGCUUUGCAAAACGAUAUUUCAUCGUUAAAUAAAAAACUAGAGCUCAAAGAGGAAGAGCUUCAURAUUCAUUAUCUGCAGUCAAAGAGGUAGAACGUCUACAAUUGGAGGUCCAAAAACUUGAAGAAAGCAUCGAAGCAAAGUCUACUCAAAUUAAGGACUUGGAAGUCAAACUUGAAGAGAAAAACACACAAAACGAAUCGUUGCAGGCGGGAAUGUCGGAUUUGAGCGGAAAGAUGGAAGGGCAGGUCCAGGAAGUGACACAAUACACGAACCAGAUUGAUGAUUUGAAGAAAMAGAUGAAAGAAAAAGAUGAAAAAAUGAGUAAAUUAAAACAGGUUGCUAUCAAAGCUAAGAAAGAAACAGAAAACGCCAAACAAAAAGCGAAAGCAGAUAAAGAAGAAUUAAUGGAGGUCAUAAAACAAAUGAAGGAAGACGCUGAAACUCUCAAUAGCAAGUUUGCUGAGCAGCAAAACGAAGAACAUGRAAACUCAACUGCGAUCGAGGAACUUCAAACUCAAAUACAAAAGCUACAAGAAGAGCUGACAUCAGAGAAAAACAAGUUAACAGAAUGCGAAGAAAAGCUGAUGGCUGCUGCUCUAGAAUUGGGCAAAAAGAGGGAAGAGGUGGAGCAGGUGAAAAGUGAGAAGCAAUCCCUUGUCUCUGACCUGGAUGCUGCUAUUGACGCUAAGCAGGGUCUUGAAAAAGAUAUAGAAAGCUAUAAAACUCAAGUUGAGCAGAACAACACGCAGUUACAGGAAAAGCUUUCCGAAAAUAAGGAACUAAAGAAGAACCUUGAGGAAUGCCAGGCAGAGAUAGCUCGAAUUUCAAAAGAUCUCUCACAAAGAGAAAAAGAACAAGAAAAARUGAGCAAAGAAAUAGUCGAGACGAUUAACAAGUUGGAGAAUACUAAAGAAGAGCUCGAACAAGAGAAGAGAAAACACGAGGAGACGAAAACCCAGCUUGAGAAUAAUAAAAAGCAACUGGAAGAAGCCGAAAAGAGUGUCAGUCAGAAAAGCAUGAUGACCCUUGAAAUAGCGGAGUAUGAACGGACUUUAGAAUCACUGCAGACCAAACUUGAUGAACGAGUUCAGCAGCUGCAAGCUGCUCAAGAUGAGAUAGGAAGACAGGAGAAGAGAGUCGAGGAUUAUAAGGCACAGAUCGAUGCUGUCGAUAACCAAAGACAACAAAGCGAGGAUCGUUCMAUCAAAAUGAAAGCCAUGCUAGUGAAGAUCAAAAAAGACUUGGCGGAAACUAAAAACGAGUUGAAGGAGAAAUCAUUGUCGGAAGUAAAAUUGAAAGCUGACCUCGAAAUUGCUAACCAGAAGGCUGAAGAAGACAAAGUGGAGAUCUCGAAACUAGUGGCAGAAGUACAUAAUCUUCAGCAACAGCUUCGCUCAACCACAGAAAACAACAGACGUACAGUAGAAAGCCUGGAGGCCAAGCUCGCUGACGUAAAGGCAGAAAACGAGGCUGCUAAAUCUUCCCAGGAGGCAACACUGGCUGAGUUCGAAAGUUACAAGACGAGAGUCCACAGUGUUCUUAAGCAACAGAAGACAAAACCUUCUCUCCAGUCCCCUGACAUGGAUCCGUCCGAGAGAACAAAACUGGAAAAGAUUAUCGAACAGCUUAAAAUUAAAGUUCAAGAAAUGAAUGACCAGCACAAAGCGUUGCAGGGUGAUUAUGAAGAGCUCGAAGCAGAACACGAUCGUUUGCUGACAAGAAAUAACAAAGUUGUCCAAGACAUGGAGCAGAAGGAAGCUAUUUGGAAAGAAAGGCUCGACCAACUGAAGUCAGAAUCGACCUCGAAUAACGAGCAGCAAAACGAAACGAUUCGUCACUUGGCACAACAGAAUGAAACCAUCUCUAUUACAUUCAAGGAUAAGAUCAUUGCGAUACAGGAAGACCAUAAAAAGGAAAUAGAGAGGUUACUGAACAAGCUAGCCGAUACAGAGGCGCGUCUAGACAGCGUCACGAGGGAGCUAGCGUCGUCAGCUUCGCCAGGAUCUCGUUCUCCUCCUCAUACUCUGAACUUGGCGCUGACAAAGAGCCUGGAAGAAAGACAGUCUGGAGAGGUUCAAGUGUGCUGCUUUUUUAACGGCAUGGACCACACGGAACUAGAAGUUAUUGAUGCUCAGUCACAGUCUGGUUCAAUGCCUUCGUCACCAAUUGUCCCUACUGCUGCUACAGUGUUGGAGAAAGUACUCUCUCCUACCUUAUCUUCUGCCGGCGAAUUCCCCAUCAGUUUAGCAUCGCCAUCAGAAGAAAAUGCAGCACUGAAGACGCAACUAGCAGAAGCUAAUCGUCAGCUGGAACAUCUAACAGGGGUUUUACGUGACAAUGAAGCAAACUCGAUGAGACUCACAGAACAGACUAAAGUCUUAAAGGAUGAAAUAAGAAGGCUGGAAAGAAAUCACGAAAGAGACAGAGAAGCAGCGAAUCUCGAGUAUUUAAAGAAUGUUAUACUCAAGUUUAUACAGUGCGCACCAAAUGAAAGAGAACAACUCGUCCCCGUUCUCAAUCAGAUGCUCAAACUAAGUCAAGAGGAAAAACAGAAAGUAACCAAUUUUGCCAAAGGGGAGAAUAACGACGAUAUACAGCAAGAAGGAGUGUCAGGCUGGUCAAGUUAUUUAUAUCGAUGGACUGCGUUUAACUAGAAAAAAAGCCCUUCAUGUGUUUUGGGAAACCCUUGUAGGUGGUGAAGUCGAGAACACUUUUAAGUGUGGACUCCAGGGGAGGGCCAAAACCUGUGAAGUGUUUAUACAAGCUAAAGAAAACCUUUCAGGUGUUUUGUCCGAGGCGAGAAGACGAGCUGCGUGAAAUGGGUGACAAACUUGAGGAUUAGUGGCAAUUUCCAGAAAGAAGUCCUGAUGACAGAAAUGUCAAGGAAACCUCUAAAGUGUUAAUAAACACAAAGGUUUAUAACAGGAAGGCGUCCCGUAAACUUGACACGAUUGGCAUCCAUCAACAGCAAGGAAAACCUUUUAAGUGCAAACGGUUUAAUCGAAAAGAAACUUUUACGAUGUUUGUGACAAGUUUGAUAAACCUUUCAAGUGUUGGUGUCAAGACUUUACAUUCAAGAAAAGGUUUGCCACUGUUAUAAAAAUAUUCGGGAAACAUUUUCACUACCUAUGAGAAGGAUUAAAAGACACCUGGAAUUCGAAUUA